UGAUCUCCCUUGUGUACGAAACAUGGCCGCCUCCAUAGUAAGGUGCUGCAUCGCACCAAACAGUUCCAAACUCGUCAAAAGGCUGGUUUUGUCGAGUAGGAAUGUAAAGCAGAUAAGGAAUUGUUCAUCUGCACAAGCUUCUACGGAUGAAACGGAAGAUAUUUCUGAAGAGAACUUCUUGGCAGACAGGACGUUAGAGGAUGAACUGAUGCGUAUCAGGGACGUUUCUCGACUAGGUCCUCGAUUGAAAAAAAGACUUGGGAAAGAACUUCCUGACAUUGACAAGGAUUUUAAACUUUCUAAAAAUUACAGCAGAAGACUGUAUGGAAAAAUGGGAAGUGCCUCUGGUGUAAAUCCACAAAUUCUGUGGCCGAAUAUGGAGGAGUUAAAAAACAAAAUAGAAUUUGACAAACGAUUUGAACCAACUUUUGAAGGGAAUAUGAAGAAAAUAAAGAAGUGGGAAUCAAAUCGAGCAAGGAAAUUAGAAACAAAGCUGGAGAGGGUAGACAAGGCUAUGGCUAAAAUGCCCAGCCUCAUAAAGCAGUUUCAUCAGAAGCGAGAGACUCUAGAAAAGGAGGAUGCUGCAGAAAAGGCAAAAUUGGCCCGAUUGAAUCGGGAGGCUGAAGAGUUUUAUGGUCCUAUGAAGAAGACGGACCACCGCCGGAAAACAUUCAUCUCCACAAGAAUGAGGGAAGAAAGAAAGGCAGAGAAAGAGGCAAGAGCAGAGGCAAAGGCAGGGAAGAAGAAAUCAAAGAAAGAGAAAAAAGAAGCAGAAGAAAAAUCUGGAGAUGGAAAAAUAUCCGAAGAAAAAGUCUCUGAACAAAAAUUAACUGAAGUAAAAGUAAUUGAAGAAAAAGUUAUGUCUUAGGUGAAAUAUUUGUGAAAGCUGAUUUAGAUAUUUGAUAACGCGUAGGAUGGGAUGUAGUGUGUGUAUGAGUGUGUGCAGCGAUCCAGGUAAUAAGAAACCAAAUGGGAUUGCUCCAGAAAAUAAAAAAUAAAUAUA